AUGAGUCCUCUGCAUCUGCACCAGGAACAGCGGACCGAGGCCUAUCCUCAGAUCUGGCUUAGCCGUGACACGUCCCCGCACCCGCCAUUAUCAACCCUUCACUCCAUAUUUGGGCGACGGAGGAUAAUUGUGCGGCGGAGGGCUUGGGUGAGAGUCAUUCUGGACCAGGACGUGAGCUCGGCCUCUGCGUGGGACGGCUUCUGGUCCGGGGGGGACAGGGGCACGGGGACUAGUUUGUGCGGCGGAGGGAGAGGCAGCCUGGGCGGUCACAUGGGGGGUCACAUGGGCGGUCACAUGGGCUGUCCUGGAGCAGAGGGGUCAGUGGGCAGAUGA